AUGGCGCAGCAGGAGCUGAGAUCUAAAGAGAGGGAAAUCCUAUUCCUGGAGGGCGACAUGGAACACCUGGAGCGGCAGACAAAAGUCCUGCAUGAUCGCUGUGCAUCCAUCAGCAAAGAAAACACAGAACUCCAGAUUUGUAUAUGUGAGGAGCAGGAGAACGCUCGCAUGGCACUGGCAGGGUUUAACAGCUACAGAAACAAGAUGGAGGGUCACAGAGCAGCUGUUUUGCAUGCAGCAAGCCAGACAGAGGCCCAUAAAGAGCUGGAGGAGAAGAAAGCACUGGUCAGGAUGGUAACACAGAAGAAAGAGGAGCUGAAGGAAGAUUUGGAGAAUCCAAAUGGAAACGCAGUGCGUAUGGCAAAGAGAGAGAUUGGCGCUUUGAAGGAGCAGAUCUCUGUGACAAGGAAGACCAUAGCUGAGAGGAGAGAGCAACUACAAAAAGAGUUUGAGACUCAUACCCACAUAAAGAAAGGCAUAGAGAUCCAGAACAGGCGCUAUGAAGCCAUCGUCAAGCGUCUCCACUGCCAACUGAGUAGGGCCCAGGCUGCCCACAGGCAAAUGUCUGAAGAUAUCUCUCGCAUGCAGAGACAACUGGCUGAGCUCAAGAAGCAGCAGGAGUCAUCACAGGACUCAGUGGUCAGUGGCCACUAA